GGGCGAGCCAGCGGCGGAGGCUGACAUCACCACGGCGGCAGCCCUUUAAACCCCUCACCCAGCCAGCGCCCCGUCCUAUCUGUCCAAGCCCAGGCACAGGUCUUCAUUCCUUCCUGCGAGCCCCGAGGAAGCCCUCUCUCCCCAGACAUGGCCAACAAGGGUCCUUCCUAUGGCAUGAGCCGCGAAGUGCAGUCCAAAAUCGAGAAGAAAUACGAUGAGGAGCUGGAGGAGCGGCUGGUGGAGUGGAUUAUAGUGCAGUGUGGUCCUGAUGUGGGCCGCCCAGACCGUGGGCGCCUGGGCUUCCAGGUCUGGCUGAAGAAUGGUGUGAUUCUGAGCAAGCUGGUGAAUAGCCUGUACCCUGACGGCUCCAAGCCAGUGAAGGUGCCUGAGAACCCGCCUUCCAUGGUCUUCAAGCAGAUGGAACAGGUGGCCCAGUUCCUGAAGGCAGCUGAGGACUAUGGGGUCACCAAGACUGACAUGUUCCAGACUGUUGACCUCUUUGAAGGCAAAGACAUGGCAGCAGUGCAGAGGACCCUGAUGGCUUUGGGCAGCUUGGCAGUGACCAAGAAUGAUGGGCACUACCGUGGAGAUCCCAACUGGUUUAUGAAGAAAGCACAGGAGCAUAAGAGAGAAUUCACAGAGAGCCAGCUGCAGGAGGGAAAGCAUGUCAUUGGCCUUCAGAUGGGCAGCAACAGAGGGGCCUCCCAGGCCGGCAUGACAGGCUACGGACGACCUCGGCAGAUCAUCAGUUAGAUCGGAGAGGGCCAGCCCUGAGCCCUGCCCUCCGCCAGCUCCUCGGCUGCAGCCAUCCCGCUUAGCCUGCCUCACCCACACCCGUGUGGUACCUUCAGCCCUGGCCAAGCUUUGAGGCUCUGUCACUGAGCAAUGGUAACUGCACAUGGGCAGCUACUGCCCCUUCCCCCAGCUCAACUUCUUGUCCCAAAGCAUCACUGCCCUGGCCCCUCCCUCCCAGCUGCCCCCACCACCCCUACUGUCUUGCCCCUGAGUAAAGCAGGGAGAAGCGGUCUGGGGGUAGCCUGGAUGUGGGUCGAGUCCACUGUCCUUGGCAGCAAAAGCCCAUUGAAGAAGAACCAGCCCAGCCUCCCCCAUCUUUUCCUGGAAUAUUUUUGGGGUUGGAACUCAAAAAGGAAAAAAGAAAAAAUACAUCAACCUUUUCUCAGGCCUGGCUAGCAGAGUUUGAUUUUCCCUGGUCACUUGUGUUAUGGUUCCAGAUCUGAGCAGGGGACAGGCAGGCAUCUCGGGCUUAUGUGUGCUCCUGGCUGCUGUCCUCUGAAGGACCCUUCACUUGCCAAGAUUCCAGGAGGGUCAGAUUCUUUCAGAGGAAACAGGUUGUGGAACAGGAGAGUGUAUCUUGGGGACCGAAGUGAAGAGGAGCCACUCAGCAGCUUGCAGUGGCUUUGGGGAGACAGAGGAAAGAGAGCUCACGAGUGGCAGAAUUGUUUGGAAGGUUUUUAUUUUGGAAAAGCUGUGCAGAAAAAAAUUCAAGAAAAUGUUGCUGUGAAAAGAGAAAAACAAAUCUUAAGCAUUAAAAAAAAAUUCCAAUCAACCAACUAGCUCAGAAGAGGGGAGAAGGCCAAGAUUGAGAGAAGAGUCACAGCCUGUCAGGCAGAUAGCUGGCCUCUGGAGGGAAGGCCAUUUCCCUGAGCACUUGCAGAGGAAGACAGGGUGGUGGCAGGACCGGAGUGGCAGUGGCUCCCAAGGCUGUCUUCUCCGACACGCACGUCUGCCACCUGCUCUGCAGUCCUGCCGCGGGAUUCCCUAGUGAAGCAGCUCAGGCCCGGGGGAGCUGUGUGUAUCCCAGCUGUGCCAGCAGCAUCGGACCAGUCAUGGUGGGGGGGAGGGGUGGUGGUGAAAGAGCCAGGGGUUCAUUCAAGGUUGGCUUCUGAUCAGGCAUCUUGGGAAUGGAUAAUGGAGGCGGCCACUUUCAGAACAGGCAUGUCCAGGGGCUCUUCCCAGCCUCUACCCCAAAGUCUUCCUCCCAAGUGACCCCGGUCAUGUUUCCAUGGAGAUGUGCUCCUGGCUAUGGCAGGCACCUUCUCAACUCGUGUGGGUGGGGGGGCCCCCAUGCAUGGGGGACCUAGACAACAGGCUUGCCCAAGAGAGCUGAAGAUGGAGGCCUACCCAAAGGGGGCGCCAAUCCUCCCCAAGACCUUCUCCACAAAAGCUCCUGUUUGGCUGCAGGAAGACCCUGUGGCUCUCAACCAGACUUCUCUGGUACCAAUCCUCUGCCAUUUGUAUCUUAAGAAGGCCCUCCCGCUCUGAGUGGAGUCACAGGAUGCUGUUUAGGCCUCAGAUUCCAGAUGUAAGCAUCAGGUCUCUCCGGAGCUCCCUAAUUUUGGGAAAGAGCCUGUCCCACACCGUCAGGGCCUGAGGUCAGCAGAUCUGCUCCUCCUUCCCGUGCAAUAGGUCUAGGUGCUGAUGAGGGCAGUCCAAGGCGCUCUUGUUCUGGGACAGGCUCCAGUCCCCUUGCUCCAGCAGGUCUGGGGCAAGGAGGUCAGAAGUGGUGGGAGGGCCCCUGCUCUCUGUUUCUACUUCGUCUGAAUCCUUGCUGCUGCAAAGUGGCACUGAUUCUAGCUCUGUCCCUUCCUCCUUGGCUUUCCGGCUUCGAUGGGGCCAGUGGCAGGGUCCACUCCUACAAGCUUGGUUGGAAGCCACAUUCCUCUGGCUCAAGUAUACUUCCAGCAUGUAGUAAACGGUCCAGAAGACAGUGAAACAGCCUACCAGCACCAGGGUCUGGGCCGAGGCAAGCACCUACAUGAGGCACUGUUUCCCGAGGCCUACAGCCUUUCUCAGCCCAGGACAAUGAGCUCAGAAAGUCUUUUUCCUUCUAGGGACUGUCCUUUUCACCCCCUCCCCUGACAAGGCCUAUCCUGUAAGAGUUAGGCUAGCAGGGUAGCAGCAAUGCUAUGAAACCACUGCUGGAACCCAGGUCUUCCUGGUCCUUCAGCCCCAGGCCACCCUGAGAAGCACACUAUGAACUCCAUCCCCACACAGGACAGUCCUGUCUACCUGCAGCUUGAGUCUUGGCCCUAGUACCUUGAGGGUGUUGGGGGUGAUGGUGUAACCAUCUUCCUCAGGAAUUUUCAGCCCAGGUGGGCAGGGCAGGACAAAGUCAUCGCGCAGGUAUUUUCCACUCAUGGCACUUUCUAACAGCCUGCGGAGAAGAAAAGGAGUGAGGAUGCCCCACUGACUGUGGUUCCUAUACCAUUUGCCCUCACCCAUCUUCCCACCUUACAGCUGAAGACAGGGAAGCCCCACAGCAAAAAGGCGAGGCCCAGACUGUGAGUUCCCAGCCCGUGGCUCCGUCUACCGGCUGGAGGCUGGAGCUGGGAAGCACAGCUGGGGUUCGGAGGGAGAUGGGCUCCCUAGGCGGCCCUUCCCGUGAGUGGCCUUCCCGCUGACACAUGCAGCUAUACCCACCUUUGUCUGUCCCUGAUGUCUACUGGACUCCACACAGAGCCAUAUAGGGUCAGCUGCCAUUGCCGGAGGAUGCCGACCUGGAAUGACUCAUCCCCUAGGGCAGCAAGGGGCAGCUCGUGAGCCACGCCCCUCUGUCAGCCAUGCCAAACAGCAGAGGCCCUGCCCUCCCCGCCACCCAAAGGGGCUCAGGCCACAUGGUCUGCUCUAGGAGCUGCCUCACUGUGUCCCACUGACCCCGGGUUCUGCAGAAGGGCCUCACUGGGUACCCUUAGGGAUGGAAAGGGUUGAAAGGCUGUAUUCCAAAGCAGAAUCUUGCUUUUCUCUCCCAUAUUUUGGGGGUUCAGCUGGGAUUCUGCUUGGAAAGAAAAAGUAUUUCUACCAAAUUAAAGAAAGCUUUUAAAA